UAAAAAAUACAACCAAAAACACCAUCCGACAAUACUUAUCCCCUUUUUUAAUCAUAAAAAAUUCUUCUUCAACUAAAACAACAACUGGCUAGCUAGCGUAUUGAAUGCGCCUGUGACCAAAAAGUCAUCAACGCGACCUGUUCGUUACAUUUGCAGCAGCAGCAGCAGCAGACUCAAUUCUCAAAAUUUCAAUCGUAGAGAGAGAAACCUAGAGAGAGAGUGAAUAACUGGUGAUGCCAAUCGGCGACGAUAAACCUCCGGUUGACGGCGGCCGGAAAGUUUGGGGAUUAUUCAAGUCACCGUUUCGAAACAAAACUAGUUACAGUAAUACUACUACUGUUGAAGGAUCCAACGCUCAGAAUAAUAAUAAAAGCGCAAGUUAUGGAGUUUCGUCGCUGAUUAGAUCUCUGAUUCCGAUGCGACGUCGUUUACGCCUUGAUCCGCGGUCUAAACUCUACUUUCCGUAUGAACCUGGUAAGCAAGUCCAAAGCGCUAUUAAGAUAAAGAACACUAGCAAGUCUCAUGUGGCUUUUAAGUUUCAAACAACUGCACCUAAAAGCUGUUUCAUGCGUCCUCCGGGUGCUAUUCUGACUCCUGGCGAGAGUAUUAUUGCAACUGUUUUCAAGUUUGUGGAACCUCCGGAAAACAAUGAAAAACCGAUAGACCGAAAGAGAAAAGUUAAAUUUAAAAUCAUGAGUCUGAAAGUGAAAGGAAUGAUGGACUAUGUACCCGAGCUAUUUGAUGAGCAAAAAGAUCUAGUAACUGUUGAGCAGAUACUGCAAGUUGUUUUCCUAGACGUGGCACGUCCAAGCCCGGCACUGGAGAAAUUGAAGCGCCAGAUAGCCGAGGCUGAGGCCGCCGUUGAAACCCGCAAGAAACCUCCGGAAGACACCGGGCCAAAGAUUGUUGGUGAUGGACUUGUCAUAGAUGAAUGGAAAGAGCGACGGGAGAGAUACCUGGCUCGACAACAAGUUGAAGGAGACGACUCGGUAUAAUAAUGAAAUAUUUCUUUUUUCUAAAAUGUACAAUGAUGUGGAUUCUGUUUAUGUUGUUUCUCAUUGUAAAAAGCUUUCCAUUGUUGAAUCUGUAAGAUGAGAGGUAGAUUACUACACGUAUAUAACUACGCCGGUUGGUGGUUACAUGUAGGAGGUACAAGUCAAAACAACGUAAAGUACUGUUUGGACUUGCACCCGACGGUUCCAUCAACAGGUAGAAGAACCAUAAUUCUCUUGUGUGAUUGGCAAUCUGUAUGUUUUGUAUGUUAUAAGAGUUAUCUUAGCAUAUGGUUCAUGGAGCCGUAUGAAACGAAUUCUCAA